GCAAACGCGCUUUCCACUCGAGUUAACUCACAAUCACAACCGAAUUUCAAAACACAAUGGACAAGCAGAGUGCCAUCGCGCUGGGCGUGACUGCCGGUCUGGGCGUCGGCUACCUGUUGGGUAAGGCUCAGCCUUCUGUGCCUCGCGUUAAGGCGGGGCAGAAGCCCACAACGGAUCUCGAUGAGGUGGAGAGGCUCAUCCGUCCCAACAUCCUGUCGCUCACGCCCUACCGAUGUGCGCGGGAUGACUACGACCAAGGUAUUUUACUGGAUGCCAACGAGAACAGCCUAGGCCCUCCACUGCAGGGCCACUCGCAGCUUCAAGCCAUGGAACUGGAGCGCUACCCGUGUCCGUAUCAGCCUGAGCUGAAGAAUGUCAUCACCGACUUCAGAAACCAGAACUCAACUGAGAAGAUCAGCCAAGCGAACGCGUUCUUGGGCGUUGGAAGCGACGAGGCCAUUGACCUGAUCAUCCGCGUGGCUUGCACGCCUCGCGUCGACAAUAUCAUGAUCACUCCGCCCACCUACGGCAUGUACAGUGUGUGCGCUAACAUUCACGACGUGGGAAUUGUCUCCGUGCCACUGCAAAUUGAAGCUCUGGCAGAAAACUUGAAGGGACUGAAGCCAGAUCUCCCGCUGCCGGCCUUCCACAUUGACCCCCAGGAGAUUCUUAACGCCGCUACUGACUCCACCAAGGUGAUCUUCCUGUGCAGUCCUGGUAACCCCACGGCCAACGUGCUGCGCCUAGAAGAUGUGGAGACGAUUCUGAACUCAAAGAAGUACAAGGGUUUUGUGGUGGUAGAUGAAGCCUACAUUGACUUCUCGGACACCGCCAGUCUGUGUACACUCGUGAACAAGCACAGAAGAUUGAUUGUUCUUCAAACGCUCUCGAAGGGCUUUGGGCUUGCUGGUAUUCGCCUGGGUGUUGCUUUCGGUGACCCGAAGCUUAUUCAAGUGCUCAACAACGUGAAGGCGCCGUACAACAUCAGCAAAUUGACGUCUGAUGUCGCACGCAAAGCAUUCUCGAACCUGGAUGAGCUGCGCAAGAACGUGAACCUAAUCAAGGAGGCAAGUGUGAACUAUUUCAUUGAUGAUUAGGAACAUUACUAAUUUGUUUGCCGCUUGUAUUGCAGGAGAAAUAUCGGGUGAUCAAGGAGCUGCAAAAGCUGUCUUUCGUGCGUUGUAUCUACGCCUCUGACUCCAAUUUCGUGCUGUUUGAGAUCCCGCAUGCGCUGUCAGUGUAUCGGCAAAUGGCUGGCCGAGGCGUUGUAAUUCGCUAUCGAGGCAACCAGCACUUGCUCACUGACUGUCUUCGUGCCACGAUUGGAUCCCGUGAGGAGAAUGACCGUAUGCUCGAAUUGCUUGUGGAAGUAUACGGUGAGCAAUAAGUCGAGCCAGGAAGGUGAUUCAGUUCGCUGCUCUCAGCGAUAUAGUGCUAGUUCGAGGGCGAUAUCUGACAUAUAGGAGUGUGCGCUGCAUUGCGUACAACUCACCUACUUUUACCAUGCUGAUAAAUUCAAAACAUGAAGCGCUAUAUUGGAGGUGCUGCAGCUGGAUGUUGCUGGGCUGGGUCCUCUGAUAACUACAUUUACCAAAGACUGGUCGACAACCAUUCGGGGGCGAUUGGAAGGUAUGGUUGGAGCUUCAAAGAGAGAUCAGUUCUUCCUGGAUAUGGACUAUUAGUCGGACUCAUCAGGACUAGGACAUGAUGGAAUUAAAUCGCUGCGAAACACAAAGAAUAUGACCCAUGUAAAAUGCUUCUGUGCGAGUAACGUGAGGAGGGGGCAUGAAAUAUCAUGAUGUGAUCCGGUGAAAGGCACCACCUCCUUAUUUCUCUUACUUUCUCCCAGCGACGUAAAAGCUACAAUGGACAGCUGCAUUGCGUAGAAUUUUUAAGUAAGCCGUACGUAACUCUCUGCUGGCAAAAUCAAGACUGAACGAAGCUUUCGUCUUCUCCCUUGAAUGUGGUCACAACAUUUCUCACGACACAGUUAAAAUGGUUGGGAUGUUAUUAAUCUCCAUACAAAAAAUCAACACCUUUAAAUCGUUUACCAAA